AUGCACGUUGCGUCGAUUCCAUGUACGUUGCUGCGGCUCGGUGUCCAGAUCGGUUUGGGCUUCUGCAAUGAGCAGUGUGUGGCUUUGCAUCCAGGUGUAGGCAUGCACGAGACAAGGGCACUCGCCAUGCCUCGUGUUCUGCGUUUUUACGUGCUUGCCUUCGCCGUGGCUUGUGUGACUGCAAUUCAAGCCACGCCGCUGCGUGCCGUUGCCCUUGCAUUGGUGCUUUACGUGACCAGCAUCCUUGGCUUUGCAGCCAUGCGUUGUAUUCCUGCUGGCCGCAAAGCCGCGGCAUGGAGACUGCGAUCAGGCCUGGAGGCUUCCGGCUCUGUCGAGGUAGCGGAAGCUGCCAUCGCCAGUGGCACACGUUGGCUCCUUGUUUGUGGCGGCGAAUGUUGUCGUGAUGUGCUGGGAGCACGACUUGGUGCCAAGUUGGCUGCUCGCCCAGAUGCACUUGCCUUUUUCUCAAGUGGGCACUUCAAGUUCCGGUCCGACUUCAGUUCGGAAGCGAGAAAAAAUCACAGGCAGCAUUUCGCAGGCAUUGACAUGCGGCAGCUUCAGGAGGUCAUGGAGUUAGACAGAGAAGCGAUUGACACAUUCGCAAACUUCACUACUUUUCUCCGGUGCAUCGAGAGGAAGGGUCUGGCUCGCGAACGAAGCGCUCCUGUGGACGUGGUAGUUGUGACAUCAUCGUACCAUCUGCCCAGAGCCUGGGCGAUUGCCAGCUUGGUGCUGGGUUUUGCGGGUUUGUCCUUCCACGUGGCAGAAGCGCCCUCCCAGAGCGGAGACGAAGAAAAGACCAUGGCUCGGCGAAGUCUUCGCGAGGGUCCCUUCCGAUGUGCGCGAGAUGUACUCCGAGCUUUUGUCUGGCUUUUGUCGGGCUUCGAAGGUGAUGCUUUGGCGGGCGUGCUGCACCAAAACCGACGAGCCUUCCGUGCGUGGUACAGGGAACACAGAGAAUGA